AUGAAAAUAAAGAACCAAGAGCCUUUAGAUGUAAAAAUGAAAAAAUACGAAAAAAGGAGAAGACUGGUGCUGCCAUCUAUUGGCGUGGUACCCUCUGUAUGGACACAGACAGUCAUGGAAUCUGAAUCUGCACAAUCUAUGAAGAAAAAGUCAAAAGGACACCAUUGUUAUUUUUGUGGAGAAAAGUUUUUUGAUAUUAAAUUUUUAAAGAAACAUAUUUCUUCUCAUAAAGAAAGGCCAUAUACUUGUCAGCUGUGUGACCGCUCAUUCUCAGACAAAUCUGUAUUGCGCAAACAUAGGUUUGUACAUACCAAAGAACGACGUUAUCAAUGUGAAAUCUGUGGUAAAACGUUCAUUCAUAACUGGAACUUGACAAAACAUAAAGAAAUUCACACAGACAAGAUAAAACUUGUUUUGGAACCUUGUCUAUCUUGUAGACAAAACACAAGAUUGAAUAAUUCUUCAUUUUGUUCCAACUGUAUUUAUCAAGGUAAACAAACUGAAAAUGGAAUUUUUCUGUGUAUACUCUGUGAUGCAGUUUUUAAAAAUUCCGAACAGUUAGUUAGCCAUGUUGUUUUCCAUGAGCUACAUAUUAAAGAGCAUAAUGAUAAAAAAACUAAAAGUCAAGAACACAUAAAAUCUUCAUCUUUUACUUGUGAUGUUUGUAAGCAUAAAUGUAAAUCAGCUGGUAAUUUAAAAAAGCACCUUUUGAGCCACUCCCAGGAACGGCCAUUUUCUUGUGAGCAGUGUGAUGGAAAAUUCAAAACAUCUCAUGGUUUGCGACAGCAUAUGGCCACUCAUAAUGACCAUCGUCCUUAUGCAUGUGAAAUUUGUGGGUCUGCUUUCAAGUCUGCUGCUUCACUAAAACAGCACGCUCUGAUACAUUCAGAAUUUAGACCUUAUUUAUGUGAAGACUGUGGGAAUAGAUUUAAAACUGCUAGAACUUUAAAGAAACACUUAACAAUCCAUCAGAACUAUCGACCAUAUGCGUGCAGCUCAUGUGGAAAUUCUUUCAAAUCUGCAUUUUCUUUAAAACAGCAUUUGAUAACUCAUGGUACUGAAAGGCCGUAUACUUGUAGCACUUGUUCAAAAAGUUUUAAAUUUUUGAGUAAUUAUAAUAGGCAUCGGCGUACACACACUGGAGAAUGUCCUUAUCAGUGCCUAAUUUGUAAUAAGAAUUAUAGCCAAGCAAAUACUCUGAGGAUACAUUUGUUAACACAUACACAAGAUGAUACAUCAUUAAAACAUCAAACUUGCAAUAUAUGUGGAUGUUCUUUUAAUACUUUAAAAAGAUAUGAGAGGCACAUGUUAAUGCAUUCUAAGCCAUCUGAGAAAUUUUUCUCAGGAAAAAUUGUUUAAUUAAAAAAAAAAUGUAUCUAAAAUUGUACAGUAAACCCUUGCUGAAUGCGGACUUGUGAAACAUGA